UUAUCAUCAAAUACAAAUACUGCAUGAUCUCUGAGAUAUUUGAUCUCUGAGAUAUUUCAUAUUUUAGCUUCAAGUGUAGGAGUCUAGCUGGGCUAAUUUGUAAAGAAGCUUCCUGGAACAAUUUGAAGUGCAAAAAGGGAAGAAGUAGAAAAUGAGGAAGAAGAAGAGGAAGAGUCAGAGCAGAGAAACUCAGCCGAGAACACCGGAGAGAAGAGAGCAGCGGAUAAAUGGCAACAAGAGAGACGGUCUGUCGACAUCAUCGAAUCAGGAUGUUUGUUCUUAUCUGGGGGAUUCUGCUCUCAUCAGGUGCAUCAGUUUGGGGAGAAAGACACUGUCAAACAGGAAACUUCUGUAUCACUCUUAGUGAAGCAGAUAUAACAGCAGAGGCUGGACUCUGUGUCGUGAUACCGUGUUCCUUUACUACUGAUAAGAGCUUCACACCCCAACAUAUAGUUUGGUACAAUAAAUGUGAAUCAUCUACAAAAUGUAUUGAUGCUAACAUUAUAUUCAAUACCAACAAGUUAAACACCGAGGUUCAGUCUUUGUUCAAAGGACGGGUUUCAUUGUUGGAGCCUGAUGUGAGUCAGAGGAACUGCAGCAUCAUCAUCAACGACCUCACCGAGUCAGACUCUGGAGGGUAUCAGCUCAGAGUUAUUCAGGGUGAAACCAAGGGAUUCACAUUCACUAGAAAAACUACUGUGACUGUUAAAGGUCUGACCCAGAAGCCCUCAGUGAUGAUUCCUCCUCUGACAGAGGGGCAGCCGACCACACUGACCUGCACUGCUCCUGGUCUCUGUUCUGGAUCUGAUCCUAAAUUCACCUGGACAUGGAGAGGAGCAGGAGAGAAGGACUCUCAGAUCACAGGAAACAUCACUGCUCUCAAGACUGAGGAUCUGACUGCUGUCACACAGAGACACAGCUCCACUUUGACCUUUAACCCUUCAGCUGAACACCACAACAACAAUGUUACCUGUGAGGUCAGCUUCAAAAACAACAUCACUGCAGAGGAGACUGUGACUCUUAAUGUGACCUAUUUGAAGAAACUUGUGAUCACUGGAGUAACUACUGUGAAAGAUGGUGAUGAUUUGAAUCUGACCUGCAGCGUUGAAAGUUUCCCUCCAUCUGUUAUCACAUGGACUAAACAUGGUUCCAUCAGAAACCUGACAAAAGAAACCAAAAUCAUCCUGGAUAACAACACUGGAACAGCCACUCUUACCAUCCGUAAUGUGACAGUAGAUUAUUCUGGACUGUACGUCUGUAAGGCAAAACUCCAGAUCCCUACUCUGAGCACACAUGCUGAAGUAAAUGUGACAUUUCUUCCAAGGAUCUUCAGUACCUCUGGAUGUGUGGUUCAGUCCGAGGUUCUGACGUGUGUGUGUAUCAGUGAGGGGUUUCCUUUACCCACCAUCAAAUGGCCGCUGUUAGACGCUCACACUGAAUACUCUGUCACUACCAAUUUCUCAAACCAUGCAGUCAACCUCAGCAUUACUGUAACUUUAAAAGAUCGCAACUACACCACUGUCGAGUGCAUCAGCAGCAAUGACAUUGGGGAAGUAAAAGAAAACCUCAAUGUUACGAGAAAAGUGUUAAAACAGUAUGCAGAUCAACAUGGACCAUGUGAAGUGCUACUCUGGAUUGGCGUUGCUGCUGUAUCUCUUAUUGUAAAUGUAAUCUGCAUAAUCCUCAUGAUGUUCCUCUGGCACUCAAGAAAAAAGGUGAAACCAAACCAAGAGGACAGAACUUACAUGUCAAUCAAGAAAACAGAGGUGUCAUCAGAUUAUGAUGUGAUCGCCCAGCCUCUGAACUAACAACGACAAACGUCAACUGAGUGCAGUAGGAGAUGAUUCUGCAACACUGACAGAUUUCCUAAAUCAUACUUUCAUCGUGUAAAAGAUUCUUGGAUUAUGACAUUUCUCAGUUAACUGCAACUUAUUUUAUUAUUAUUUUUAUACCUUACAUUUCAUGAAGCUUUACUUACCCAGGGGAAGAUCGUGAAGCGUGCAUAUUCAGUGUAAUCACAGUCUAUUGUAGCUUGUGCUUCGCAGAUUCAUUAAUCUCUGGAGAUCUGAAAAUGUUGAAAUUGAUAUAAUGUUUUUUUAAUUAAAAUGUUCAUUUUUAAUUGCAUUUGUAUCGUUAUCAAUCUGUAAUAUUUUCUGUCAGGUAUACGUAAAAAGGAAGAAAUUAUCAUGAUAAUCAUAGCCAUUUCAUUAAAUAGAUUCAUAAACAUUCAUCAUGGAAGAACUACAAAUAUUUGUCCCAAAGAAUAUAACCUCGCCAGUCAGACUGAACAUUUGUUACCACUCCAUUGUCAUCAAAAAUAACAGAUGUUGGUUGAAGGUUUCCCUUUGUAGCGUGAACAUUACUUAUUCCCUUCACACUUCUCGUGAGAGGAUGUCAUUUGUCUUUUGGAAUGACUUUCAGAUAGCUUUACUGAAAUACACUUUGGAACAAAACUUGUUGAAGCUCCUUCAUUAUUUUUGUAUGAAUGUCUGAAUGCAUUAGAUAAAAGCAUACAUCAAUAAUAGCUACACAAUAAAACAUAUACUACUUAAAAUUCACAGCCCUAAAUAAAUACAUAACCUACAUGGAAGCUAAA